AUGGCGAUGUACAUGAAUUGUCUACAGUGGAUUGCCGGUCUAAUUGCUGGCGGUGUAUUCUUAUUGUAUAUACUUUGCCAAUUUAACCGGGUAGUACAUUAUCACGUCAAAAACGUCUCUUCAAACUUAUGGUAUGCACUAUUGGGCGUUUUUGUUAUACCGUUCACCGUUUGGAACCCGUUCGAUCCUGCUAAUACAAGAUGGUUUACUUUUUGGAUCAGGACAUUGUGUACAAAGGAAAUAUUUGAUGUAAAAACCAACGUAAAAAAUCUACACUAUUUGGACGCAGACGAACCACGUCUACUGGUGGGAAAUCAUCAAAGUACUAUGGACCAAAUUGGAGCUAUGGAGAUAUGGCCACAGCGGUGCGCAAUGGUGGCGAAAAAGUCGUUAUUAUACGCAGGUACUUUUGGUAUUGCGGCGUGGUUAUGUGGAACCAUUUUCGUUGACCGGCGCAACGCCACCAACGCCAAAGAAACUACAGACAACAUUGUGAACAUUAUUAAAAAGAAAAAGACCAGUGUAUGGAUGUACCCUGAAGGCACACGUAGUACUAGUACAGACCUGGAUAUGCUGCCAUUCAAGAAAGGAGCGUUCUAUGUUGCAAUACAAGCCCAGAUUCCUAUUGUACCUGUGGUGUUUUCCAACUACAAAGACAGUUACAAUCCCAAGGAAUAUCUAUUUCAACCAGUUGAAUUUACAAUGACUAUUCUACCUCCAAUAAGUACCAAAGGCAGAAAACUUUCUGAUGUCCAGGAACUCUCAGACGAAGUGAGGGAAGUCAUGUUAAAAACAUAUAGAGAAACGUCACCAAAAAAGGCCACGAAGAAAGACUGAGAAAUUUACACCGUCACGUAACUGCAUGGAAUAACAUCUAAUGGUCGUUUGUCAGCUUCCUAGAACAACCAAUCCUGUAGGUAUAGCGCCCCCAAAAGUACAGAACCGAAUACCGUAUAU